AUGGUGUGGCUGAAGGACAUCUUGCGGGUUGCUAAUGGAUUAUCUUUGGUGGCGAAGGAGGCCCUUGGCCCUCAUCACUGCGCCCUCCAACUCCGGAGGCAGCGCUGGAAAAAUCCCUUCAGAUUUGAAGGCAGAGGAUCCUACUGCGGCGGCUGCUCCUCCCCCUCCCCCUCUUGGUGCUGGCACAAACCGGGAUGGCGAUGUGGUUUCGCCAACGCAAACCCGACUCCACCGCUGUCUGGGAAAAAGCCGAGAAAACCCAGAGAGAGGAGAGUUCCCUCCACCCCUUUCUCCAGAGCCCUCGGGUUUGCUGGCCUAGGAGCAGGUCUGUGGGGAACAUUUCAGGAAUCUGCCAAAAGGCUUGUUUUUGGUAAUCCAAACUUGCAAGAGAAACAAUCUGUCGUUUCGCCAUUCUUAUCUGAGAAAAAUGCAGAACGUUUGGCUCUUGCACUGUGCAGAAUGCGUGGGGCAGCCCUCAAACUAGGCCAGAUGCUUAGUAUACAAGAUGAAUCCCUUGUACCUGCUCCGAUCUUGGCUGCUUUGGAGAUGGUCCGUCAAGGUGCUGAUGUGAUGCCAAGGAGCCAGCUUAAUCAAGUUUUGGAUGCUGAAUUAGGGCCUAAUUGGUCAUCUAAGUUGAUCAAUUUUGAUUGACCAAUGGCUGCUGCAAGUAUUGGACAGGUACAUCGCGCCAUUACUGAAGAAGGGUUGGAGGUUGCAAUGAAAAUACAGUACCCUGGAGUUGCAGACAGUAUUGAGAGUGACAUUGAGAAUGUCAAGUUGUUACUCAAUUAUACAAAUCUUAUUCCAGAAAGAUUGUAUCUUGAUAAUGCUAUGCAGGUAGCAAAAGAUGAACUUUCUCGAGAAUGCAAUUACGAACUGGAGGCAGAAAACCAGAAAAGAUUUCGUCAUCUGCUUUCGGACGCACAAGGGUUUUAUGUUCCCCUGGUCGUGGAUGAUUUGUCAAGCAGAAGAGUUCUUACUACUGAACUUGUUAGUGGAAUUCCAAUCGACAAGGUGGCAUUAUUAGACCAAGAGACUCGAAAUUAUGUUGGAAAGAAGUUGCUUGAACUUACUUUGACGGAGUUAUUUUUCUUUCGAUUCAUGCAGACUGAUCCCAACUGGAGCAAUUUUUUAUACGAUGAAUCUGCAAAAUGCAUCAAUCUUAUUGAUUUCGGAGCAGCUCGGGACUACCCUAAAAGUUUUGUCGAUGACUAUUUGAGGAUGGUCCUUGCCUGUGCCAACAGUGACCGAGAAGCCGUAGUUGAGAUGUCCCAUAGACUUGGAUUUCUCACGGGGAAGGAAUCCGACAUAAUGCUGGAAGCUCAUGUUCAGGCUGGCUUCAUAGUAGGACUGCCUUUUGCUAAGCCUGGGGGUUAUGACUUCCGCUCUGCCAAUAUUACUAAAAGUAUUUCAAAUCUUGGAGCUACAAUGUUGAGACACAGGCUGACACCACCUCCUCAGGAGGCUUACAGUCUUCACCGGAAGCUUUCAGGUGCUUUUCUUGCGUGCAUUAAACUCGGCUGUGUGCCCUGCAGGCAACUACUACUCGAAGUGUAUGAAAACUAUCACUUUGGGAAUCAUAGUGAUGAAACCUUUGCUAUUGGUUCAGUGCCAAGGUAGGAAGGUGGUAACUUUGAUACCAUUUGAUUCAUUUAUAUUGAGAUGUUUAGUUCCAACAGAUUCUGUUGAAAUGUCAAAUUCCGAAGGAAUACAGGCAAUCAAAUACUGAUAUGUUUUAUUACUUUCUAGCAUUUGCAUUCAUGGUGGAUCUUGCAA